CAUACACUCACACACACCGGAUAUUUAUUGCCGCCAAACAGCUGUUGAAAGUCUAGCAGCCUUUUUAGUUAUUUUGAUUGGGUUCAAUUUUCUGAGACUGUAUUGAAUAUCAGAUUGGAUACCCACAGAGACGGGCUGCUAUCGCGCUGUGAGAAGGCAUCAACGAACUGAAGAGGGGAACCAACGUGCUCUGAAUACAGACACAGACUAUUAACGUCCUACUGUAACCUUGCUCACCGCUCCCUUAGGACAAAACACAUCCAAUCGACCAGAGGACUUGCUUGUUAGGCUAUGUUUGUUUUAUAAUUCAACCAGGAAAACGUUUUCAGUUUUUACAAGUUAUUUUAUCGGGAUAAUUUUACCUGUUCUCUUUGGAACCAGCUCCGCUUUAUUCCAGAGGAUAAAUUGGCCACCCGCUGUCGGAUCUCUCCAAAGGCACAGAAAAGAAACAGUAGCCUACACUCGUCCCCGUAGACGAGAGGUUUCUCUUGCUUUGACAUGCUGUAGUGGUUUUGACUAUACUUAUGGCUUCGCUGUAUCAGAGAUUCGCCGGUAAGAUCAAUACGAAUAAUUCUUUCCCACACCCACCUGAGGCCAGCCACCUACUCGGCGGACAGGUAGCGGACGAGGAGAACAACACACGGAAGACCCCGCAGCCCGUGGCCGACGGCAGACCCCAUGUUCCCCACCGAAAGAAAAAUGCGAGCGAGGACGAGCGUGACCUGGUGGGCAGUGCCCCUCCACAGAGGAACUGGAAGGGGAUAGUCAUCGCCCUGCUGGUCAUCUGCAUCAUCUUGUCUCUGAUCGUCACCUCUGUCAUCCUGCUCACCCCAAUUGCAGAUGAUAGCCUUGCCCUCAAGAAGAAAGUCACCAUCGAGGACGUCUUCGGAGGAGAUCUUCACGUGCACGACCCCGCCGCUACAUGGCUCAGUGACAAUGUACUGCUGUAUCGAACACGAGAAGGGGACGUGGUCAAACUCAACAUCGAAACACAGGAGAGGGUCAUUUUGGUGGAGAACAGGAAGUUUGAAAUGUUCAAAGCCACCAAGUACCACAUAUCUCCAGACCUGGAACAUGUGUUGUUGGCCUACAACGUGGCUCCAGUCUACCAGCACUCCUACACGGCCUUCUACAUCAUCUGUAGUCUCACCACCCCGGAGACAUGGAGUCUGAAUCCUCCUGAGGUACGGAACGCCCCGCUGCAGUAUGCUGGAUGGGGACCUAAGGGCCAACAGCUGAUCUUUAUCUUUGAGAACAACAUCUACUACAGAGCAACGGUGGAGAGCAGGACCAUUCGCCUGGUGUCCACAGGGAAGGAGGGAGUCAUCUUCAACGGCCUGAGUGACUGGCUGUAUGAGGAGGAGAUCCUUCAGACCCACAUAGCCCAUUGGUGGUCCCCAGAUGGUCUCAGACUGUCCUACGCCACCAUCAAUGACACCCUGGUGCCCAAGAUGGAGGUCCCUAUUUUCACUGGCGCCCCAUAUCCAAUAGGGCUGGAGUACCAUUACCCCAAGGCUGGGGAGGAGAACCCUGUAGUACACCUGUCUGUAGUGAGUUUGAACGGCCCCCUUCACACGGUGGAGAUGAAGAAACCAGACGACCCCAGGAUAGGAAUGGAAUAUUACAUCACAAUGGUUAUGUGGGCCACCACCACCAAGCUGGCAGUCAACUGGCUGAACAGAGCCCAGAACAACUCCAUAUUGACACUGUGUGAGGCCACCACAGGAGUCUGCACUAAGAAACAUGAGGAUGAAAGUGAUAGCUGGCUACACAAACAGAACGAAGCGCCACUCUUCUCCCAUGAUGGAUACAAGUUCUUCUUUACCAGAGCUAUACCUCAGGGUGGGAGGGGCAAGUUCUUCCAUAUCUCCAUGUCAACCUCCCAGCCCAACACCAGCACAGACACUCUGCAGUGCCUGACAUCAGGAGACUGGGACGUUACUCAGAUACUAGCUUACAGCCAAGACAAGCAGCUCAUAUACUUUUUGAGCACCGAGGAUGAUCCAAAACGACGACACCUCUACAGUGCGGACACUAAAGGCCCGUUCAACCGCCGCUGUCUGUCAUGUGAGUUCAAGUGUGGCUAUGUGGAGGGCUCCUUCAGCCACAACAUUCAGUACUUCCUGCUUAACUGUAAAGGCCCCGAUGUACCCAGUGUUGCCAUCUACAGCACAAAAGACAGACAGAAGGUCCUGGACCUGGAGACUAACGAGGGAGUGAAUAACACGUACCACAGCAUGCAGAUGCCCAAAGUGGAGUACGAGACCAUCACCAUUGACGAUUACACUCUGACGAUGCAGAUUCUGAAGCCAGCUGGUUUCAUAGACACAGCUCACUACCCCCUCCUGCUACUAGUGGACGGAACGCCUGGCGGACAGAUGGUGACAGAGCAGUUCCGUGUGGACUGGGCCACGGUGCUGGUGAGCAGUUAUAGCACCAUUGUGAUCCGCUUUGACGGCCACGGGUCCGGGUUCCAGGGCACCAACCUCCUCCACCGCAUCAGGAGGAAACUGGGCGUGAUCGAGGAGAGGGACCAGAUGGAGGCCCUCAGACUGAUAUCGAAAGAAAUGUACAUCGACAAAAGUCGAAUUGGAGUAUAUGGAAAGGUUUAUGGAGGAUAUUUAGCCACCCUGCUUUUAAGUUCUGAAGACUCCCUGCUUAAAUGUGGAGCAGCCGUCUCGCCCAUCACAGAUUUCAAGUUAUAUGCUUCAGCAUUUUCAGAGAGAUACCUUGGAUCACCAAAGACAGACUCUCGAGUCUACUCGGUGGCAAGUUUAGCACACCGGGCAGCUCACCUAAUGGACAGGAAGUACAUGAUCAUCCAUCCAACUGCUGAUGAGAAAGUCCAUUUCCAGCACUCUGCAAAAUUCAUCAACCAUUUAAUCAAUGAGAAGGCAAAUUACUCUCUACAGAUCUACCCAGAUGAGGGACACUUCCUGCAUAGCGAUGGCACACGGCAACACCUGAGCCAAUCACUAGUUAACUUCUUUGAGGAGUGUUUCCGACUGCCGGACUUACCAAGCGAGAAGAAGGACAAGGAGGAUGAGGGAGAUGUUUAAACCAGCUGGCACGUGGUUAACACUCCAGCUACCACAGCACAAUAUGCAACAAAUCGUUCAACUCAUUACCCCCACCCCGGCCCAGAUCGGUUUGUGCGGUCUUGCCAACUCUGAUGGUCAGCUGUGACAAUGCUCAUUUAGCACAGUACCUGCAUGUACCAAGGACCUCACACCUCACUCUUUAUUCUUCAUCACUUUUGGUUGGCUGACAACUGGACUGGCCAGCAAGACAUCUCCAUCGUGGAUGUUGUUGACUUUGGUUAUAAAAAUUAAAAUAAAAUGUAAAAAAAAAGUCUUAGCAGUGAACAAAUAAUCUGGUCACUGAAGAGCCCUCUAGUAACCCCCCUUGUGGACAGCUAAAGUAGUGAACCACCACUCCAACCGGGAUGCAUUUCCUCUCCCACUACACACACGCACAAGUAAAUCUAUAGUGGGCAACGAACAUCAAGGGUCAUUUUCAUUGCAGUAAAUAUGGAAGAGCUACCGGUUGUUGACUCCAGCAGUUUGUGUCCAUGAUUCUGAUGUUAAAACAGCAGCACACAGAACAAUGUAUUUCUCUUAAUUGCUGUUUGUAAUGUUCAAUAUGUCCCGCAGUAAGUAAUGUGGCUUUGAGUUAAUGUAUGGUGGUCACAUCGGCCCAUGAUUUCCUUUCCAAAUGACUGAGGAUACAAUGUUAUGAUCCCAAAGUUAAAGUAAUACAUCUGGAGUGGUUGCUCUAGUGUUAUGGAAGGGCACAAUUCAAUCCGUAGCGCUGAAGAUCUGUGCUAUAGUGCAAUUGAAAUGUAAAGGUAACUUCAAUGUGGGAACAUUGCUUUAAAAUUUGUAGUGCAGGUUCUUCAGUGCUACUGAUUGAGUUGAGCACUUAGUCACUGUGCCUUACUACUGGGGGUAAACAUAUUCAUGUCAAGGACUGUAACAUUUCAUUUUUCAUCUAAGAAAGAUUUGUACAUUGGACAUAAUUUACUUGAGUUGAAUCAUUGCUCAGAUUAGUCCAUAUGGUUGAAAAUGUACUGCGAUUUUAGAACUCCCAUUAUUAGAAAAAGUGUGCUAUUAUUCUUGUAUAAUAGACACAAAUGACAGUUCUGGCUGUUGUAACUACAUCAAAAGGUUCAUGAGGCAUAUUCAGUGUAGGUUUUAGAACGUGUUUUUUUGUUGGCGAGUUAAUGUUUGGUUCUGUCAACUCAUGUAAAUGAAGUGUUCAGUGGCUUGACCCCAUGACCUCACUUCUGUUAGUAGUCAGUGAAAGUCGUCAGCUGUUUUACAAAAUGUUGAAAAGUCUAAACUAGAACUGUGUGUGACUUGUACAUAAAGCAUUUUCAAAUUUACUUGUA